CAGGGGCACGGAGGGGGGAUGGAGGGGCAGCCAUGGAGGUGAUGAACAUGAUGGAGCAGCCAAUCAAGGUGACAGAGUGGCAGGAAACCUACACCUACGACUCAGGCAUCCACUCCGGCGUCAACACCCAGGUGCCCUCUGUCAGCAGCAAGUGCCUUGCGGAUGAUGACGAGGUCUAUGGGAAGCAGUACACCAUCAAGAAGACGACCACGACGAGCUACUGCCAGGGAGGAAGCCAGGGCCAGAACCAAGCACAAGCUGACAUGGAGGCCCAGCUGGCCAUGACCCGGGCCCAGCGUGUCCGGGCUGCCAUGUACCCUGAGACGGUGGAGGACCGGUCCCUGCUCAUCAGCACCCAGCUGGAGGGGCAGCAGACCAACGUGCAGCGCCUGGCAGAGCCCUCCCAGAUGCUGAAAUCAGCCAUUGUGCACCUCAUCAACUACCAGGACGAUGCUGAGCUGGCCACCCGUGCCAUCCCUGAGCUCACCAAGCUGCUCAACGAUGAGGACCCGGUGGUUGUCAGCAAGGCGGCCAUGAUUGUGAACCAGCUCUCCAAGAAGGAGGCCUCGCGCCGCGCCCUGAUGCAGUCACCGCAGAUCGUGGCGGCCGUGGUGCGCACCAUGCAGAGCACCAGCGACCUGGACACAGCCCGCUGCACCACCAGCAUCCUGCACAACCUCUCGCACCACCGCGAGGGCCUGCUCUCCAUCUUCAAGUCCGGUGGCAUCCCGGCCCUGGUCAGGAUGCUGAGGUACAGGGGUGCUGCCGGGGGUCCCAAGAGGCUGGCAGAGCUGAGUGGUCCCCCCAGCCAGAACAACCCCAAGUUCUUGGCUAUCACCACCGACUGCCUUCAGCUCCUUGCCUAUGGAAACCAGGAGAGCAAGCUGAUUAUUUUGGCCAAUGGAGGCCCCCAGGCCCUGGUGCAGAUCAUGCGCAGCUACAACUAUGAGAAGCUGCUCUGGACCACCAGCCGGGUGCUCAAGGUGCUGUCAGUGUGUCCCAGCAACAAACCUGCUAUCGUCGAGGCUGGUGGCAUGCAGGCCUUGGGCAAGCACCUGACCAGCUCCAGCCCCAGGCUGGUCCAGAACUGUCUCUGGACCCUGCGAAACCUCUCUGACGUGGCUACCAAACAGGAGGGCCUGGAUGGUGUCCUCAAGAUAUUGGUGAACCAGCUGAGCUCUGAUGACGUGAAUGUGCUGACCUGUGCCACCGGCACCCUCUCCAACCUGACCUGCAACAACAGCAAGAACAAGACCCUGGUGACACAGUCGAAUGGGGUGGAAGCCCUGAUCCACACCAUCCUGCGGGCGGGUGACAAGGAGGACAUCACCGAGCCAGCUGUCUGCGCUCUCCGGCACCUCACCAGCCGGCACCCCGAGGCUGAGAUGGCACAGAACUCAGUGCGGCUCAACUACGGCAUCCCUGCCAUUGUCAAGCUCCUCAACCAGCCCAACCAGUGGCCACUGGUCAAGGCUACCAUAGGCCUGAUCCGCAACCUGGCCCUGUGCCCGGCCAACCAUGCCCCGCUGCAGGAAGCUGCCGUCAUCCCCCGCCUGGUGCAGCUGCUGGUCAAGGCUCACCAGGACGCCCAGCGGCACGUAGCAGCUGGCACACAGCAGCCCUACACGGAUGGCGUGAAGAUGGAGGAGAUCGUGGAGGGGUGCACGGGGGCACUGCACAUCCUGGCCCGGGACCCUAUGAACCGCAUGGAGAUCUUCCGUCUCAACACCAUCCCUCUCUUCGUGCAGCUCCUCUACUCGCCGGUGGAGAACAUCCAGCGCGUGGCGGCCGGCGUGCUGUGCGAGCUGGCCCAGGACAAGGAGGCGGCCGAUGCCAUCGAUGCCGAGGGGGCCUCAGCUCCGCUGAUGGAGCUGCUGCACUCCAGGAAUGAGGGAACAGCCACCUACGCGGCCGCCGUGCUCUUCCGGAUCUCGGAGGACAAGAACCCCGACUACAGGAAACGUGUCUCCGUGGAGCUCACCAACUCCCUCUUCAAGCACGACCCGGCAGCCUGGGAGGCGGCUCAGAGCAUGAUCCCCAUCAACGAGCCCUACUCAGAUGAGCUGGACCCCGGCUACCGCCCCAUGUACUCUGGUGACAUCCCCCUGGACCCCAUGGACAUGGAUGGGGACUACCCCAUGGACACCUACAGCGACGGCAUCCGAGCGCCCUUCGCUGACCACAUGCUGGCCUAA